GUGUCAAAACGAAAACGCAUCUUCAACAACGAACUCCUGUCACGUUAGCAAAACUCCAGAUAACCACCACGUGCCGGCAGCAAGGGCAACCCAAAGCGCGUAUCCUCCAAUCUCUCCCGCUGCUUUCUUACUUCCUGCUCCUCUCUCUCUUCGAUUUCAUCGACCCCAAAGACUAACUAAACACAUCCACUAACCAACCCCUCUUCUCGACGGAUUCCCCCAAACCCUUUCGUUCUCUCUCUCUCUGUCGUAUAAAUUCUCUUUCUCAUUUCCUUUUCUUUUCCUUUCUUUCCUACGAAUCCAAGGACAUUUCUUUUCCUCUCUGUCUGUCUUUUGAACAAAUAAAUGGCGUCUUCUUUCUCAACAACGGCCUCCGCUUCCUUCUCUUCCGUCGCUAAAACAGCCGCUACCUUGCCUCAUUCUACUAACCUCCCACUCUCCAAGGUCUCCUUUCGCUUCUCUCCGAAGCCAAACUGCCGAUUCUUCUUCAAGGGUUUGCAGCAUAGUCAGAACUGUUCCAUAGUGGUGAAAGCCCAAUUGAAUGAGGUAAGCUUCUUUAAAUGGUUUUGGUUAGAGGAUCUUCUUUCAAAUUUUCGUUCCUUCCUGGACACGCUUUUGGGAUCAUCUGUUGCCUUCAAGGUUGCUGUAGGUGGAUCAUCAAAUGCUUCAGCUACAUCUCCAGUCAAAUCAGGGCGUCCAACAGCAGAAGCUAAGGAUGCUAAGCCAUCAAGUGAUGCAUCUCCUCCAGCUUUGGCCACAGAAGAAUCAAUCUCUGAGUUCCUUAAUCAAGUUUCAAGUCUAGUCAAGCUAGUUGAUUCAAGAGAUAUUGUGGAGUUGCAACUGAAACAACUUGAUUGUGAACUGAUAAUCCGGAAAAAGGAGGCCAUGUCCCAACCACCGUCUGCAGCUCCAGUUGUUAUGAUGCAGUCACCAUCUCUACCGUCAGUAAUGCCUCCAAACCCAGCUGUCCCUGCCCCUGCACCUUCUGGUCCAGCACCUCCCGCCCCAACUCCAGCACCUUCUCUGGCUGCUCCUAAGUCAGCCAAAUCAUCACUUCCGCCUCUUAAAUGUCCAAUGGCAGGCACAUUCUACAGAAGUCCAGGCCCUGGUGAACCGGCAUUUGUAAAGGUUGGGGACAAAGUGCAGAAGGGUCAGGUCUUAUGCAUUAUUGAGGCAAUGAAGUUGAUGAAUGAAAUAGAAGCUGAUCAAUCGGGAACCAUCGUUGAGAUCCUUGUAGAUGAUGGCAAGUCAGUCAGCGUUGACAUGCCUCUGUUCGUGAUUGAACCCUGAAGCUGAGACUCUUGAGUAGGCAAAGCCAAACGAUGGGGUAAAAAUUCGGGGGGCAGGCUGAUUUUGAGUUUUCCUUGGUAAUGUUAUGAGUUGCGGCUUUGGUUUGUUGUGAUAGAAUGUUUUGCUUGAGUUGGUAGAGAUGCAAAUGACUUGUUACCGUUAUGGUGUCUUCUUUUGAUUAUUACUUAAGUUGGGAAUAGUUUUUUUGUUUCUUUCUUUUUUUCGCUUUUCCAAAAUUUGGAUUCAUUAAUUAGACUAAUAAAUUAAGGGCGAGCUUCUUAUGUAGUCUGGUCUUGCUUGUACAUUUUUACUCUUAUACUUUAUAUAUUCUAGAGGAAAUUGUGAGGAA